UGCCUUUUCUUUAGAGUUGGCGUAAUCUUUGGCCUGGGUCGUCUAUAAAAAGGUCAUCGGGUGCUGGUCGUCCUUUGCCUUUUAAAUACCACACAGGCACACACAUCACAGAGGUAGAGAUAGCGAGAGAGAAGAGAGAGAGCUAGCAGCAAUGGGGAGGAGUCCAUGCUGCUCCAAGGAAGGGCUGAACAGAGGAGCAUGGACUGCCAUGGAGGACAGGAUCCUCACCUCCUACAUCAAAGCCCAUGGCGAAGGCAAAUGGAGGAACCUCCCCAAACGAGCUGGUUUGAAGAGGUGUGGCAAGAGUUGCAGACUGAGAUGGCUGAACUAUCUCAAACCAGACAUCAAGAGAGGUAACAUCUCUCUUGAUGAAGAAGAGCUCAUCGUCAGGCUCCACAAGCUUCUUGGUAACAGAUGGUCUCUCAUAGCCGGAAGGCUACCGGGGCGAACAGACAAUGAAAUCAAGAACUACUGGAACACCACCCUCGGCAAGAAACUCGCCAAAGCUGAUUGCUCACCUUCCUCGCCUCCAUCAUCUAAAGGCAUCAUCAAUCACCCCUCGUCCAAAUCAAGAUCCAAGAGAUCAGUCGCCAAGUCAGGCUGCUCGUUCCCCGCGAAAGCGACUCGGCCCCGAGUCACCAGAUACAAGCCCUUGGAGUGCGCCAUGGUCCUAGCCUCACCAGGCUCGUCACUUCCAAACAAUAACCAAUCCCUCUACUCAGUAACCCCAGAAUAUUCACCGUAUCUUCAAGCCAAUUGUUGCCCAAGUGGGAGCACUGGUCAACAGGGGCAAGAUUCAGAAAACCCAAGAACCCAGCAUGUUCCCUGCGGCACUCAUGAUGGCCACCUUCAAGAGAACUGCGUUGGAGAUUUUGGGCUUCUCAACUUCGGCUACGGUAAUGAGUUUAACCCGGCCGACAUUUUGUACGCCAACCAUCCUUUGACCGUGGAACGACAAACGUUGGAGAACUGGACAGCAAGUGUUUAUGUUGGAGAAAAAGAUGCCUUGGAUCUUGAUUCCUUGGCAUUCCUGCUGAAUUCCGAGGAUUGGGCAUGAAGAGUGAGCAUUGGGAAAAAAAAAAAAAAAAACAACGUAUGAUAUAAGAGAUGUCCAAACUAUUGUCACUAGAGCAACUUGAGAGACAUCGAGAAUUUGGUAUGGAAGUUUGUACAAAAAUAAUAACCUAAAGUGAGCUUGUUUGCCA